CUUCCGUAUCUAGGCACCGCGCCCUCAACGCGCCUCAACCCAACGCGCCCGCACCCCUCCUCUGCGAUGGCCAUCGCGAAUUCCACCAAAUAACCACUAUGAUGCCUUCCUCCCCGCCCCUAAUCUACGCCGAGCUCCUCCCUAAUAUCCGCCAGAUCUCCGUCCUCGCCGCCCUCCCCACUCCCUCCGACGGCACAACCCGCGUUUCCCUCUCCGGAGACCGCGCACUCCUCACACUUGUCCACAAUGGCGCGACGGCCUCCCUCCAGCUGCCCGGCACGAUAGCACCGACAUAUACCGCGACGCAACCACACCCGAGCCUCGCCCAGCUUUCCUGGCGCAUCCCCCUCGCGGCCACCCCGUCGCAACAACGCGCCGCGCCCUCCCUCCCAGCGCCGUGGAGUGCAGGCGCGCUCGCAAACACAUCCUCGUUUUCCUGCCGAAGAUGCGGGCAGGUCAUCCUGUCCCCCAGGCGCGUGACGACGUGGCGCGACCUCCCCAGCGAAAACUGGGCUGAGAUGAUGGAGUUCUGGCAUUGUCAUAAACCCGACGUGCCGGUGGGCGAGAAGGGGGACGAGGAAGGAGGUGAUAAUACGACGAAGGGGUAUGGGGCGAAUACGCGAAUGAUGGCGCAGAAAGGGGUGGGGAAGGUUGAUUUGACGUACUUCCUCCUUGAUAGCGAAGAUUGUAGUGGCCUCGAGACCAACCCCUCCUCUCUCUCCCUCGCAUGCACAUCCUGCGCCGCCCUCAUCGGCACGUCCACACCCGCAGGCUAUCAACUGUACAAAUGGUCACUCUCGCUCAGCGCCCCCCUAACCACCGCAACUUCCUCGCCCACCAUACAACUCGCACCCACCUCCCCACCACUGCCCCACUUCCUCCUUCCACAACUCCACGCCCAAUCCUCCGCCCUCGGCGUCUCGAAAUUCAUCAUCCGGCCACCGCCACCGCCGGCUGAUGCCAAGAGCGAAAGUGACACGGAUGCAGAGGUAGGGAUAUAUGUAUGGCUGUUCGCGCCAUCUCUAACCGUAUCUUUUUCCUCCCUCUCCUGUCGUCCUACCUCCUCCCCCGCAGCCCACACAUCUACCGACUCCUCACCACUACAACCCCUCCCAGCAGGCAAACUCCUUUUCCGCCCUUCUCCUCCUAGAGACGAAGCGACCGCCCUCCUCGAUGCGCCGAAUAGCGCGGUGGAGGAGGUACGGCUCCCGGCCUCGGUAGUACGCGCUUUCACUACCCUAUUACAAAAGAGUAACGCUCGGCUUCCCGAGGGCGCGCGUGCCUUUGCAGGGGGGUGGGAUGUCGGGAUUCUAGAAGUGUGGGAUGGUGGCGAGGGUAGAGCGAUUCAAUAGCAUAUAAAAUGAUCGUGUCCUCUGCAAUGGAGGAAAAUGUCACGAGAAGAGAAUGUAAUGCGUGGUAAAAUACUAGAAGUGCGAACGCAACGAACUCUCCAAGCGCUCACCCUUCUAGUAUUUGAACAGAGGGGAAGGCAAAAGUCAUGACCUUAAAAUUGGCCCGCCGGAGAUAACGUGGCUACUAAGGGCUCCGCCGGCAGGAACGAUGCGGAAUUCAUCCAAUAUAUUCAUCAAAGUUGUAGAUAUCUGCAUUGUUGAUGCCAUACUUUAGAAUUGUGUUCCAUACAAGCUCAAACCAGCCACGAAUGACUUCUGGAUCUUCGCACUUAGCCCUCUGGUAGUCGUAUUUUCGCUGGAAGCGUGUCCGGAGCUCUACAUGGCGCUUAACAAAGUUUGAAGCCCAACGUGACCCGACGCGUGGCGCGUCUCGUGUUGCAAGUAGUCGACUUGCCAUAUCUUCAACAAUAGACAACUGAGGAGGGAACCCUUUAGCAGCUAAGUCAAGUAUAUACUGAACAAGAACUGAUUCCUCUAGGUUACUUAAUUUCCGUAAGUUGGCUUGGAUAUCGCGUCGUGAAGGUACGCCUUGUAAACGGUGACGUAGCUUGCGGUGGUCUACGGAAUAGAUCCUAGCUGCAACUCGAAGGCGCAAAUUUGGGUCACUUUGCAUAGCUUGGAUAGCUAGCACUAAUUUGCUUUCAUCAUUUUUAUGGCGCAUGUUUUGUUGUGGAGGAAUUUAACAUUUAGUUGGGGGGGUUGGUCACCACAUGAUUUUGGCACUUUCGCUUGUUUGGCACUUUCGCUUGUUUGGCACUUUCGUUAUACAUGCACGUUAUUAAAGGUUUGUUG